AUGACCAUCUUACCCAACCCUCCGGUCCUUAAGACCACCAUCAUCCAGCUCAACAAGGAGCUCGACUCCGAUGACCACAACUACGAGAUAUUGACCAACGACUACUUGAGUGAGGCCAAGGACAAGGACGGCUUGGACAUCAUCGCCAACACCUCGUCGUCGCUCCUGCUGCAAAAGAAGAAGAGAAGAAGAUCUCUGGCCAACGUGGACUCUGAAGAAUUGGCCAAGCGCAAGCACGAGACAAAGCAGUUGCACUCCAUCAUCGAGAAGCGCCGGCGGAUAAAAAUCAACCGCGAGUUUGAGGCCUUGAAGUACCUCAUCCCGGCAUGCCGCUCCACCUCGCCAGUUUCCAACAUCAACAGCCCCACCAUUAAGCCCAACAACAAACAGUCUUCCACCUCCAACAACAAUGGCAACAAGAUCGAUGGCAUGUACAAGUUGACCAUCUUGAAGGCUUCGGUGGAGUAUAUCCUCUACUUGCACCAUGUGAUUCAAAAACAGAACGAGUUGUUGCAGGGAUCGCAGGACUCUCCCGAAUUUGAUCUUGGCUUUGCUAAGGUUCCUCUUGACGUCAACCAAUAUAGAAACAUCGACAAGGAGUUCAACUUCAAGGACUUGUUGAACGAGAUCGACACCUUCAACGAGUCGCCUUCCAGCGAGGAAUCCCGCAAAAACUACGAGUUUGGCACCAUCCACGAGGAAGCCGAAAACCACGAAUUAUCCCUGGUGGACGCUGAAGACGAUCUGGAACUCCAUCAACAGAAACAGAAGUCCAAGUCGUUGGAUAUCACUUCGGAUCCCACUAGCCAGCUUCUCUCUCCAGAAAUCACUCCCGACAUGGCUCCCAUACUAACCAUGCUCAACAAAUACUCAUCGACGGUAUCGUCGGAGGCUAGAAAGGCGUCGCUUCCAAUUUCCCCUCACACCAUAUUACUCCACUCCAACGCAACCUCCCCCCUCACCAACCCCAUCAAAUCAGCGUUUUCCACUCCAUUAUUGUCUUCAAAGCUCAGCAAGAGCCAGAAACCGGGAGACAACAAGUUUUCGUUGCCAGACCCAGCCAUAAACCUGUCUGCGCAAAUCUGUGAGCCUCCGAAGAAAAAGCUUUUCAAAUCCAAGCCUCUUAAUACUACAAUUGUGUUUGGCCACGAAAGCCGCACUCCUUCGAGUGAAUACGAAGACACCAAAUUAUCUGAUCAAGAUGCCUCAAAGACUUUAUUGGCGUUGAGAAAGUCCAGUAUAGAUAGUUUGCUUAAUUAA